UUUGCAUUUUGCCCAUCCGCUUGGAAUACUCCUGCCGAGCGGCCGACAGCCUAUUUAUGCACCUGGAGGCUCCUGCUUUCGUCAAUCCGGCCUUCCAAGCUGAUGAGAAGAAAGCGGAAAUCAUCUCUAAUGGAGACGGUGCCGUCAUGAAUGGCAUUCACGCAGCAGAGGCUGCGAGUCCUGUCGCCAAAGAAGAGCAUCCAGAGAGGGGUCAGUGGGCCAACAAGACGGAGUUCAUUCUAUCCUGUAUAGGUCUCUCCGUGGGCAUCGGCAACAUUUGGAGGUUUCCGUUCCUGGCCUACCAAAAUGGCGGAGGAGCCUUUUUACUGCCCUACGUCAUCCUCAUGCUGCUGGUAGGGAAGCCCAUGUACUUCAUGGAAGUUGCCCUAGGUCAGUUCACGAGUCUGGGACCACUCUCGGUCUGGAGGUGCCUGCCCAUCGCCAAGGGUGUCGGCGUUGCAAUGGUGGUGGUGUCCCUAAUCGUCGCCGUCUAUUACAACGUCAUCUUGGCCUACACGGUCUUCUACAUGGCACAAAGCUUCCGUUCCGAGCUGCCCUGGGUGAACUGUCACGAGUGGUGGGGCGCAGACCUGGAGACGUGCUAUGUCCGGAGCAAAAAUGUGGAACGCUGCGUGAUGACCGGCAAGAAUCUUAUCCAAGAAUACAUGAACUCCACGAACAUCACGAGCGGUAUUGCACUUCUAGGCACCGACAACAUGACAGUCUUCGUUCCCGAGGACGUCUACACAGCUCGCUAUAGCAACUGCACAAACGCCACGCAAACAGCAAGUCAGCAGUUCUGGGAACGCUACGUUCUCAAUAUAACCGGCGGCAUCGAGGAGCUCGGAGUUGUUCGUUGGGAUCUCAGUCUCUGCCUCCUUGCCAGUUGGGUGGUAGUCUUCCUUUGUCUCAUGAAAGGAGUCAAGUCUACCGGAAAGGUGGUCUACUUCACAGCGACAUUUCCCUACCUCGUUCUCUUCAUUCUACUCAUCAAAGGAGCCACUUUGCCUGGAGCAGUAGAAGGCAUCAAGUAUUUUCUCAUUCCCGAGUGGAGCAGGCUUCUGGAGAUUGAUAUUUGGCGCAAAGCUGCGGAACAACUGUUUUACUCUUUGGGCAUAUCUUGGGGAGGCAUCAUUAUGUUCGGAAGCUACAACAAGUUCAAGAACCCUGUUCACAGGGAUGCACUGUUCAUCAGUACCAUGGACUUCUUGACAAGCAUCAUUGGGGGAAUCGUCAUCUUCUCAGUCCUAGGCAACAUGUCCACGGAACUUGGAAUCGACAUUAAGGAUGUUGCCAAAGCAGGUCAGGGGUUGGCGUUCGUUGCCUACCCCGAAGCCUUGUCCAGGCUGGUGGUUCCACAACUCUGGUCCUUCCUGUUCUUCUUCAUGCUGUUUCUGCUGGGUCUCGACAGCGAGUUCGCUCUGCUGGAAACCUUCUUGACGGCCUUCUACGACGAGUUUCCAAACUCCAGAAAGUACAAGGUGCCCCUGACCUUCGGCAUCUGUCUGCUCUGCUUCCUUCUUGGAAUUCCGUGCGUCAUGCAGGGUGGCCAAUACAUUCUCAAUCUGAUGGACACCUACGCUGGAGGAGGCGCCGUGCUGUUCAUCGCCAUCUGCGAGAUCGUCGGUCUUAUGUGGUUCUAUGGAAUGCGGCGGUUCUGCGCCGAUCUGAAAAUGAUGCUGGGACACGAGAUUGGAUGGUACUGGAAGGUCAGCUGGCUCGUCUUCUGUCCUCUCAUUCUUGGAUUCUUGUUCGUCUACGGCCUGGUCAAGCACAAGCCAAUCAUGUAUGACGACGUUGUGAAGUAUCCUGCCUGGGCCGACGGAGUUGGCUGGUUCCUGGCGCUUAUUUCCAUGGCGCAGAUCCCCAUCUGGGGCCUUGUGAUGCUGUUGAUCAACUGGAAGGUCAAACCCUCGAAAAGCAUUCACGCCUGAGAACCGAUGGGGACCCGGGGACCCAGACGAAAUGGUGCUCUACAACGCCCCUUCGGGGAUCACGAACCUGGGUUUCGACUACAAUCCCGACCACAUCAAGUCGAUUAUGUAAAAAGAAAAAAAAAAAGAAAUACAGUGACCAGUGCAUUUUUGCAGAAACCAAGUCACAAUGUACAGACGCUUCGAAAUGUUCUUCAUAUGUCCACAUCUGCUAGAAUGUAGUUAACGAUGCCGGUAUUACCCAGAAAAAUAUCAUUUAGACGGGCCUUGAUU